GGGGGAGGAGCAGAGACACAGAGGAGGAGCACUGGGCAGCAGACGGAGCAUGCACAGGUGUGAAAAUGUCAAAUCUACAGGAAACAAAGAGGAGGAGGAAGAGGAAGAUGAAGAGUGAUGAUGAAGAGCAGAGUGAUGUUGCACAAAAGAGGAAUCCUGGCCCCAGCAGUUUGGGGAAGAUGGAGUCGACUGGUCCCAGGCCUUUGUCACUGAAGAGUGAUAGUUCUAUGUUUCAGCCUAUGACCUUUCAACGAGGACCCAAAAGAUCCCAGCUUCCAGUUUGUUGCGUUUGUGAAAAGACUUUUGAAGAAGACCCUUUGUAUUUGACCUGUCCACAUGUGUCCUGUCCUCGCUGUGUAAAGGACGACACACAGAUCCACUGCCCUCAGUGUGGCACCGACCACAAACUGACAGGGGACAGUAAACUCUUUGACUUAACUGAGAAACUGAAGAACGAGAUGCUCAACAGGUUUUCUAUGACGACUGAAGGAACCAGAGAUGAGAGGACUCCCCUGAACCACAUCUACACUUCACUGUCCAUCAACUUUGGCAAGACAGAGGUUGUCCCAGAGCACUACUCCAAACACAUGAUGAUGAAAGAACAGGAUUCUCAAGAAGAAGUCCAAGUCAGUGACCUUUUCCAUAGUUCACCAGUGAAGACCAGAACUGUCCUGACAAACGGCGUGGCCGGAAUCGGAAAAUCAUUUUGGGUCCAGAAGUUCAUUGUGGACUGGGCUGAGGGCGCUGCUAAAAAAGAUACUCCUUUUGUUUUCUGUCUGGCUUUCCGAGAGCUUAAUCUGGUCAAAAAUGACACAAGUCUGCUCCAGCUCCUGACUGACUUCCACCCCGCUCUGAGCGGCAUAGACCCACAGGUCUUAGACUGCACUAAAGUGAUCCUGAUCCUGGAUGGUUUUGAUGAAAGCCGGUUUGACCUGGACUUCAGAAACACAGAGAGAGUCACGUCGCUCCAGGAGGUCACUUCUGUGUCCAGCCUCUUGUUCAACCUGAUCCAGGGAAACCUGCUCCCUACAGCCCAUCUCUGGAUCACCUCUCGGCCGGCGGCCGCUCAUCAGAUCCCUGGAGAGUUCAUCCACUCAGCCACUGAGAUUCAAGGUUUCAACAACCUCCAAAAGGACGAAUAUUUCAGGAAGAGGUUCAUGAACAAACCAGACCUCGCUAACAUGGUGAUUUCUCACGUGAAGUCGUCACAGACGCUGGACUUGUUGUGCCAGAUCCCCGUCUUCUGCUGGAUGUCCUCUGUUUUAUUUGAGGAGGUCUUUGGAGGAGAGGAGCAAACUGGAGCUCCUCAGACCCUCACUGAGAUGAUGGCAGCGUUUGUGUCUAUUCAAACCAAGCGCAGCAGCAGAAAAUAUGACGAGAACCCAGAGAAAGAGAGAACCAAACUUCUAAAAGCUAAAAGAGAGCUCCUCCUUAAAGUCGGCAAACUGGCCUUUAUCCACCUGCUAAAGAACAGCCUGAUCUUUUAUGAAGAAGAUCUACAACAGUGUGGACUCGACCCCAAAAAGGACACAGUCAAAUCUGGGUUUUUCAACUCCAUUCUCCAACAAGAGCGUCUGUUUUUGCAGCAGGAAGUGUAUUUCUUUGUGCAUCUGACCGUACAAGAGUUCUUUGCUGCUCUUUAUGUUUACGACAGUUUUACCAACAACGAACCCUGGGCUCCAGAGCUGAGCACCUUCAUGGGUCUAGAGUCAUCAGAGCUCUCCUCCAGACCCCCAAUGUUUGACCUCCUAAAGAUGGCCGUCGACAAAGUGUUGGAGAGGAACGGUGGUCACUUGUUCUUCUUCCAGCGUUUCCUUUUUGGUCUUGUGCUUGAAUCAAAUCACAGAUUUAUUCCUGGAUUACUGCUCCCUCUAGAGUCAAGUCAAGACACAGUUAAAAAAAUGUUGACUCACCUUAAAACUAUUCGACGCAAAACCGUCUCCCCAGACGCCUGCAUCAACCUGUUUCAAACCAUGGUGGAGAUGGGAGACACCAGGAUCAGUGAAGAGAUCCAGGAGUAUUUAAAGUCAGAGGACAGAGCUCGGGUGCAGCUGACUCCUCUGCACUGCUCUGCUCUGGCCUUCACUCUGCUGGUUUCUAAGAGUGUCCUGGAGGAGCUUGUGCUAAAGAGCUACAACACGUCAGAGGCAGGACGACGGAGGCUCAUCCCGGCUGUCAGGAGCUGCAGGAAGGCCAACCUGUCGGACUGCAGAGUGACUGAGGCUUUACUGAAGCCUCUCUCUUCAGCUCUGAUGUUUCCACACUCGUCUCUGAGAGAUUUGGAUCUGACCAACAGUGAUCUGGGGGACUCUGGAGUGGAGCUGCUCUGUGAGGGUCUGAGGAGUCCAGCCUGCAGACUCACAAUACUCAGGUUGUCCGGUUGCUUAGUGACAGACAAAGGCUGUGGUUUUCUGGUCUCAGCUCUAAAAUCAAACCCGUCCCAUCUGAAGGAGCUGGACCUCAGUUAUAACCACCUGGAGUCAGGAGGAAGAGCCCUGACCGAACUAAAGACAGACCCUCAGUUUAAACACCUCCAGUUUGAUGUAUCUAAUGGUGGAAGUCACAGAAUGAUCCCAGGACUGAAGAAAUAUCUGUGUGUCCUCACCUGGGACAAGGCCUGUGCAGGGGUGCAGUUUUCAGAGGAGCAGAGGACAGCGUCCCGCUCUGAGGACGGCCCAGACUCGGUGCUGGUGCGAGGAGCACAGGGGCUGAGCGGUCGCUGUUACUGGGAGAUCGAGGCCUCUGAACCGUUCAACAUCGGAGUGACACACUGGAGCAGAGGGCUGGAGGAGUUUAGGCUGGGACAAAACCAGACGUCCUGGAGUUUUGUUUACUCUGAAGGGGGCUGCUACGGUUUCCACGACAACAAGAGCUUCCCAGUCUCUGUCCACUGCUCACGCUCCAGUCGACUGGCCGUUUAUCUUGACCACACGUCCGGGGUCCUGUCCUUCUACAGAGUCACUGCAGACAGUCAAACACAUCUCUACACUUUCAGAGAGACAUUCAAUGAUGUUCUGUUUGCUGCUGCUGAGCUGAAGAUGAAGGGCUUUGCCAAAUUUUACCACGAUCAGAGCAGACAAGAAUAACCUUUAACCUGAGAAAUCAAUGAUUCAAGAGUCGAUGAAGGUGAUCGGUGUAGGUAGAGCCACUGUCUCAGCUCCAGUCAGUGCAUGGGCCGUGUGCUCACAGGGCCAGGGCAGCAUUUGGGACAUUUUUUUUUUCAGUCUCAUUUAAAAAUGUUAAUAAAUUUUUAGUUACAAUAAAAAAAAACCACACACAUUACAUGAUAUAACUCACCGAGUUACAUGGAAUCAAAUGCUCGCUCACAGACAAAUGAAGCCAGUCCCUUGUUAAAGUAAGUCUGCUCUCCUCACAGUCACAUGUAAAAGACGAGGUUUAGUGUCACUAGAUGUUCACCAGACGUGCACAAGUUCACAAAUCUCAAUUGGAACAUGUGCUAGCCAUUAGCUUGAGCUAAAAUAAAACAUCAAAAUGUUUACACCUUCAGCAAUUACUUUUAAUCACGGCGACAUGGAAGGGUACACACUUCACUAUGGAUACUUUGCAGUGACAUCAUGCUGGGGCUCUGCAUGUAUGUCUAUAACAGAAUGUGCAGCAGUUACCAUGGUGACAAGUUUUUAGAGUCUGAAAACUCCAAAUACAAAACAAAAUGGAUUUCAAGAGCACGUUUCAGGAGCCUGGUCAGUCCGAGCUCAUGGUCUUGUUUAGGAGUUUGAUUUUACAGAAAAAGCUGUUGGCUAAUGCUAAUGCUAAUACUAAUGCUAGCUAGCUUAUAAUUUCAGAGGGACUUGUUUAACAGCACAAAUCAGCUCACCUGUUGUAGUUCCAACUAAGUCAGUUCUUUGGUCAGACUGUGUUAGAACAAAACGUGGAUAAAGUCUAAUUUAAGUAACAGCUAUAGACAGAGCAGUGCUUCCAGUUAGCAUCACACACCCAGGGAAUCUUGAUGACACCAGCUGCAAAGUAUCAAUUAAAAGGCGUUAAAUUAACAUGAUCCUUUUUCUGGGGCUGAGUGAUGUGGCAAAAUAAUUAAUCACAAUCUUUUCAUUAAUGUUUUUUUGGCACAAUUUUGUUUAGUGAAAUAAAAACCCCAGGAUCAUGUAGAGGGUUAAUACGAACAUUUAAGACCAGAAUGAGUCUGAAGGACAGAGACAGAGAGAGGAGACAGUUUUUCAAUAGAAAGUGAAUUGGAGCCAGAGUCGAUGGAGCCGGAAGUGCACCAUGAUCACUUCCUGUUUGGGAUGCAGCGGUUAGCAUAUUAGCUCUGUCCAUUUAUUUAAACAGUCUGUGGCUAAAUUCAGUAAAUCUUUGCAGAGGAGUCAGUGGACGUGGAGGUGCGGGUGGAUGUCACUGACAACAAGUUCAUGUAGAAGAAAUAUAUUUUACUAGAUAAAAGUAUUUCAAUUAUUUACUUUACUACAGUUUUGCUUAAGGAGCAUACUGAUAUUAUAAGAUGUUUAUUUGUUUUGUUUUUUCAUAACAUUUCAACACUUUACUCAGUUUCUUUGGAUGUUGCACAGUUUUUGUUAAAGACACUCAAUGUAACUUUUCUGGUGGAGGAUUAAUUCUGUCAUGUUUUAUGGCAUUUUGUUGAACACACCAAACUAAACAACAACAUCACCAGGACAAUAGAAGGAUCCAGGCUCAGACUCCAGACUAGUUUGUUUUUGGUUUCGUUUUGACGUUUUAGUUUUUUACUUUUGUUUUUGGUUUGACUCUUUCCUAGUCCUGGUUUAGUCCUGGUUUAGUCCUGGUUUAGUCCUGGUUUAGUCCUGGUUUAGACCUGGUUUAGUCCUGGUUUAGACCUGGUUUAGUCCUGGUUUAGUCCUGGUUUAGUCCUGGUUUAGACCUGGUUUAGUCCUGGUUUAGACCUGGUUUAGUCCUGGUUUAGUCCUGGUUUAGUCCUGGUUUAGACCUGGUUUAGACCUGGUUUAGUCCAGGUUUAGUCCUGGUCUAGUCCUGGUCUAGUCCUGGUUUAGUCCUGGUCUAGUCCUGGUUUAGUCCUGGUUUAGUCCUGGUCUAGUCCUGGUCUAGUCCUGGUUUAGUCCUGGUUUAGUCCUGGUUUAGUCCUGGUUUAGUCCUGGUCUAGUCCUGGUCUAGUCCUGGUUUAGUCCUGGUCUAGUCCUGGUUUAGUCCUGGUCUAGUCCUGGUCUAGUCCUGGUUUAGUCCUGGUCUAGUCCUGGUCUAGUCCUGGUCUAGUCCUGGUUUAGUCCUGGUCUAGUCCUGGUUUAGUCCUGGUUUAGACCUGGUUUAGUCCUGGUCUAGUCCUGGUCUAGUCCUGGUCUAGUCCUGGUUUAGUCCUGGUCUAGUCCUGGUUUAGUCCUGGUUUAGUCCUGGUUUAGUCCUGGUUUAGUCCUGGUCUAGUCCUGGUUUAGUCCUGGUUUAGUCCUGGUUUAGUCCUGGUUUAGUCCUGGUCUAGUCCUGGUCUAGUCCUGGUUUAGUCCUGGUUUAGUCCUGGUGUAGUCCUGGUUUAGUCCUGGUUUAGUCCUGGUCUAGUCCUGGUUUAGUCCUGGUUUAGUCCUGGUUUAGUCCUGGUUUAGUCCUGGUCUAGUCCUGGUUUAGUCCUGGUUUAGACCUGGUUUAGUCCUGGUCUAGUCCUGGUCUAGUCCUGGUCUAGUCCUGGUCUAGUCCUGGUCUAGUCCUGGUUUAGUCCUGGUUUAGUCCUGGUUUAGUCCUGGUCUAGUCCUGGUCUAGUCCUGGUCUAGUCCUGGUUUAGUCCUGGUCUAGUCCUGGUUUAGUCCUGGUUUAGUCCUGGUUUAGUCCUGGUUUAGUCCUGGUUUAGUCCUGGUUUAGUCCUGGUUUAGUCCUGGUCUAGUCCUGGUCUAGUCCUGGUUUAGUCCUGGUUUAGUCCUGGUUUAGUCCUGGUUUAGUCCUGGUUUAGUCCUGGUCUAGUCCUGGUUUAGUCCUGGUCUAGUCCUGGUUUAGUCCUGGUCUAGUCCUGGUUUAGUCCUGGUUUAGUCCUGGUUUAGUCCUGGUCUAGUCCUGGUCUAGUCCUGGUUUAGUCCUGGUCUAGUCCUGGUUUAGUCCUGGUUUAGUCCUGGUUUAGUCCUGGUUUAGUCCUGGUCUAGUCCUGGUCUAGUCCUGGUUUAGUCCUGGUGUAGUCCUGGUUUAGUCCUGGUCUAGUCCUGGUGUAGUCCUGGUUUAGUCCUGGUUUAGUCCUGGUUUAGUCCUGGUUUAGUCCUGGUUUAGUCCUGGUUUAGUCCUGGUUUACUUUGGUUUUGUGUGACGCUCGAUGAAAUAAAACAUAAAUACUGUUUUCUCCACAUCUUGUACUUCACUGUUUUAUUUUCAUAUUUUGACAUUUUUAAACUCGACUGAAUGAUUUGAUCUGAUUUUUAUUUGACCUUUUUUACCUGAUUUGACC